AUGACUGCCUCAUCCGCGUCGAAACGCUCUUCGGCGCUUAGCGUGACAUCCGUAGCAGCACCCCUCGGCGCCCUCGGCAUGCUGCUCACACCAUGGGGACAAUCGACCCUCAAAGCCAUCUUCCUCGAACCCAUCCGCAUCAAUCCACCUGUCUGGCUUCGUCUCCUGCUUGGUCUUCUCUUUAUCGCCAACAUCCGCUCCACGCCAUUUGCCUGGCACAUCCGCGUGCUCUAUCCCGCUUUCAGAUCCGUGCUUCUCGCCCGCACGUUUUCGUCGUCGAAAUCCACCUCACUUACCCACCCUUCGAUCAAGCCCCAACUGAAACUGUCACGCCUCCCGCUCGACCGUGAUAUAUUUCUCGACACGUCGUCCCACUCCUUUGUAGCCACUCUCGACGAGUGUGACUGGAACGGCCACCUUUCCAACUCGUCCUACUCCAAGUCACUCGACGUCACCCGACUGGCACACAACGGACCACGCUUCCUUAAGAUGUACUACGAUGGUGGAUGGAUCGCGCUUGGCGGCUCAGGCUUCAACUUCCAUCGCGAAGUGCCUAUGUUGGCAAAGUAUACCAUCAGGAUGAGCGUAGAAGCGUGGGAUGACAAGUGGGUCUAUGUCGUCGGACGUUUCGUCUCGCCGGUCAAAUCUUCUGCUCAGAAACCCAAGGACGGUGAUGCGAUGACGGAAAAACUGCAAUCUGGAGAGACAUUGUACUGCACAUCCAUCUCUCGAUACGUCUGCAAAGCGGGUCGAAGAACCAUCCCUCCUUGGCUGAUGAUCGCCACUUCCGGCUACGGCACUCUACCACCUACAAAGUCAAAUUGGGACAAGGCAGAGGCCCUACGAGUCAAGUAUCUCGAACAGGAACGAGAAGCAUACCGGAACAAAACGGGACGCAAGACUGUUUCGAACAAGGUCGACGCCAAGCUGAUCAAGAAAGCGGCGCUCCUCCGACAGUUCCGCACGGAAAGCGAACGAAAGGGAACCGAAGACGAAGCGUGGAUGUCGAAAGCUUACUGGGAGACGGACGAAUGGGAGACACGCCGUAAAGAAGGGCUGGCACGGCUCGGUGUCAGCGUCGGCAUCCUUCCCGCUGUAGAGAAAUGA